AUGAAGCUCUUUUCUACUAUUUCGGGCCUGUCCGUGCUCGCCCUCGCUCCUAUGCCUUCUGCAGUGUUGGCGCAAGAUCGCGAGGUAUGCUUUACCGAGACAGCGACUGAUCCUAUGAAUCCUUGUGCUAACCUUUCCUGCCCAAUAGCACGCGAUAGAUAUCCUUACGCCGUGACGGAAUGGUACUGCGGCUCCGGCAGCACUUGCUGCAGCGUCCCCGACGAUUCUGACGAUGGCGAGCUGCAAUGGGGCUGCAUUGACACCGACGAGACCUGCUCCAGGGACACGUGGCUCACCAGCGAUAACAUGGGAUUCGAAAUCACGGAUGACGGAUACGGAGACGACGGCGACGACGGCGACGACGGUGAAGACGAUGAUAGUGACAAUGGUGCUCGCGGGUCUGCAGCGUCGUUGUUGGCCGUGGUCGGUGGCGUUGCUUUGUAUUGGGCUGCGCUGGGCAUGUGA